AUUGACAGCGGAUCGCUUUACACGAGCCGCUUUCAUUUGUACGGCUACCAGGCGGUAUCUGUGCGGGCAGUCUACGGGACGGUUCUAAUCUGGGAACAAGGUCGGUCUUCUCGCACCAUUCAUCAUUAGAACAGACUGGGGAACUGUCGAACAGGGUCUGAAGGGGGCGAGACGGAGUCAAGGGGGAGCUCUGUGGGUGAAGGUACGUGAGGUACGUCCUCACCGUAUGCCGAUCGAACGGUCGGCGGGAUUGAUCGCCACAUCGGCCCGUAACAACAGCCCACCCGUCUCGGCACGCUGACCCGGAGAGGACCCUACACGUGCAGUGACGUGGACUAGAUAAGUGCUUGCGGCUGUCAGGUCUCGCCAACAAGUCUCGCGAGAGUCUAGCAUUACCACAAAAUCGCGCGAGAGUCAGGUCUCGCCAACAAAGUCUCGCGGGAGUGUCGUCUUGGAUCUGACGAGAGCAUGUACUGUUUCCACUACCCCCCGUUCCCCAGCCCAGGACCUUUAGAGUACGACGCUGCCUGUGGAAGAUUGCCGUAUCCUCCCCUCCAGUACCCCCCAGACUUGGAAGAUGGUUUCGCCCGGCGGAAACAGAGACGGAACAGAACGACCUUUACUUUACAUCAGCUGGAGCAGCUUGAGGCUGUAUUCGCCCAGACACACUACCCAGACGUGUUUACUCGUGAGGAGCUGGCGAUGAAGAUCAACCUUACAGAGGCCAGAGUCCAGGUGUGGUUCCAGAAUCGGCGAGCCAAGUGGAGAAAGCAGGAGAAAUACAAGAAGGACAGUGAUAAAGACAAGGGGAGUGACGGAGAGACAGGGGAGAGGAAAGAGCCAAGCAAGUCCCCUCCUACUACGUCAUCCUCAUCCGUACAGAAACCACCCACAACUGCAGCUAACAGCAUCAGUUCUGGUUUUCGACCAUGUGGGAUUGGAAACUCCGUGACGUCACCAAAGUUGUUCCACCGUCCCCAGGCUGCAUUCUCUAUGCUCCCGUACCCAGGGGGCUCCCCAGUUUGCAGCUACUGUGUUGCUGGCCACACGGACUGCGCAUGUGCACUGGGCUGCUCCUUCCCCUGCACACAAGACUACCGGUCCUCCAGUAUCGCCACUCUCCGGAUGAAAGCGCGGGAACACUCGCAGGCCAUGCAGCAGUCAGCCGCGGCGGACACACAGCCGCUCGCGGAGGGGACACGGCACGACACGGACCGAAGAAGUACCCCUGAGGAACCCCAAACGCAACAAGAGAAGGAAACUGGGAACGAGGAUACAUUACAAGAACAACCAAAGCAAUAACGUCUUCAAACGCAUUUCCUCUUGAUUCCCCUUGUAGUACAGCCAGUAGGUACCCAUCUGAGUAAGACGGCUGUAGCAAUGUGCUCGAGGCAACUACUCGAACGCAGGAACCCGAUAUCAUGUCCCUUUCAAAAGACUAACGCAGCUCCAACCAGAAUACCCUUCCUCGGAUUCGAACUGGGAUCUCCCAGUUAUGCUGUCAAAUAAUUGGUACUCAGACAACUGUGAGGCUGCUACCUAUUGGCAUACAUGGGCAUCCUUGUACAGACAUCCACGAGAAUUCCAGUCUAUA